AUGGCCAACAAUGGGCUGGAAGAAAAGAUUGGGGAUGACAUCCACAGUGGAAGUGAUGAGCAUGUAGAUCCCAACGUCGAGGGAGAAAAUCGCAAUGAAGGAGCCCAAGAUCCGAAUCUUGGGGAAAAGGAUGUCGGCAAAGAAGACCUAGAUAUGGUACAACAUCCACACAAUGAUGCCCUAGUGAUAACACUGAAGAUUGGAAAGUUCCAGGUGAGACGCAUAUUGGUUGAUCAAGGCAAUUCUUGUGACAUCAUGUAUGUUACAUGUUACAAGGGGCUUGGCCUUCACCUAGAUGAUUUGGAACAAUCCAACAACCCAAUGGUUGGAUUCAAUGGAACGCCAACGUGGUCUCUAGGAGCCACGAAUUUGGAAGUGCAAGCAGGCACCAAGAAGGUAAGCACGGAAUUUACAGUAAUUGACACCCCCUCCCCUUACAAUGUUAUCUUGGGUAGACAGUGGUUACAUGCAAUAAGGGUUGUUCCCUCAACAUUGCACCAACUGUUGCGAUUCCCAACUGAACAUGGGAUUGAGAAGGUCAGAGGGGAUCAGGUGUAG